AUGUCCCCAACUUCGCCGAAGAUGUGGCAUGGCAAGGUCAACUCCGGAACUGGUGCCGCACCUUUUGUUGCUUGCAUCCCGACGCCGCUCAGGUCGCACCGCCUCCCACCUGCUCUUGGAGCCUCGUAUUCCAUGCCGCCUGCAGUGCAGGCCGAGCCGAUCUCUCGCGGCCGGGCACCAGCCCAGAUGCCACCAGGUCAGUCCAUGAACGCACCGCCACGGCAGCCGGCUUCUUUGCCACUGGGCCAGUCGAGGUCUUAUUGCCCGAGCAUGCCGCCGGAUUCAGCCAGGAUCCCUUCUACGCCCGGCCGCGCCAUGAUGAUACCUGGGCACUCGCAGAUGAUGGCAACUCCUCGGAACAAGGACCAGAGCAACGUCUCCCAGCAGCAUCGUCCGGGUUAUCAGCCAGGACCUCCCGUCGUGGUUGCAUAUCCAGCCCAGCAGAGCAAGGCAGCCUGGACUGGCGAGCUCCCGGGUAUGCCCGUGUCCGCACGCAAAGAUCCACACCCCGGCCUUUCCCUGAAUGCUCCGCCACGUCGGCCGCCUGCUGCUCUGUCCUACAGCCCCAGCUUGGUCGUGAACUCCGGUCAGGUCCAGCCUCGGGGCUCCACGUCCUACUGCCCCAGCUUGCUCGCAAACGCAGCGAGAGCUAGCCCGGUGCAAACACGCGGGUCUGCGUCCUACUGUCCCAACUUGGUGGCGGAAGCUGCCAAAACAAGUUCUGGUCAGAACAAUGGACCGAUGUCUUAUUGCCCCAGCUUCGUGGACGUGGCCAAGGCGAACUUGGUCCGCGGCCAGAAAGGAGGGUCCUUGUCCUACUGCCCCAGCUUGGCGGUGGAUGUGGCCAAAGCGGCCAAAGCAAAUUCCACCCAUGGCACGACUGCAUCCCCGCUGGCGGGCUGCGAGACCAUGAUCACCACUCCGAACCCCAAG